GGCUGUCAGGACAGGGCUCCUAAUUUAACACCAGGAAGCACAGAACAGGGGCAUUACUGUUUCGGAUUCAAGGUGAAAAGAAUCCAAGGCCAGACAGGGCAGGCCCACUUUGGGAUGUCUGUUUAUGGCUCAGGUGCUAACCCUUGGUGUGGUUCUGGUCACGGCCCCUUUGCCUGGCAGAGGCCCUGCUUCAGGUCACCUCAGCAGAUGUUUAGCGCCUGUUCUGUCCCAGCCCCUUGCCAGUGGCCGAGGCUCCGGCGAUGAACGAGGCAGGCCAGCCCCUCCCCCAUCGGCAGAAAAUGUGGACCUUGAACAAGCCUCGUGCUUCGUCACUUCUAAGGCACCGUUGUUUUAGGCACUGCUAAGAAAGAAAAAUGUUAAUUACGUGAUGACACAGAUCUCUUACGUAGAAUUUUUAUUGUAUGCUCGUUAGAAGAGCUCUUUUAAACUUCGUUGACAUUUUACAUGCUCUUGGGACUGUAUAAAAAGAAAACUUGAGGAAGGAAAAUAAAUUGCCUAAGAUAUUCCUACGACUUCUUUACAGAGUCCUUCUCUUCUGAAUUUUUUUUUUUAAAGUACUUUUAUACACCCUGUCAUCUUUCAUGCCAUCAAGGGUGUGAGCAAUGCAGCAUUCCUUGGAAGAGUCCAUAAAAGAAGUAAAAGCCAUCGGCGCUGGGCUCAUACGCUGGCUUUUGACUCCUCCCACUUUGGCAAUGAUGCUCCGCGUGUCGCUUCCGCGAGGUUUGACUUUGGCACAUUGUGACGCGGUAACCGCUCCCUGGUCUGGCCGACAGCAUUGGUAAGUUACUCCCCUGACCAGAGGGAAGCAAAAAUGUGCAAGGAAGAGCACCUUUGAAUCCGAAGUCUGGUUAGUGUCCGCACAGAUCACAGGCAGGGAUCCUCCCUUGUCUGCAGACAGACAUUCCCAGGGGAGGAACCUCCAGGCUGAGACCUGAGCAUGGGAAAUGGCAAGGCAGGAGGAAAAGGCGGGAGAGUUGCUGGAGGAAGGAAUAGCCUUUGCAGAGGCCCAGAGUUGAGAGAGAGGGCAGAGGGUUGGAAAGCUUCCUGGUCAGUUCACAAAAUGGGCUUUUCGGUAGUGCUGGGAUGUGGAAUUGCUGCCAGCCAUAGAAGUAAGUUAGUUGUGGUUCUGUUAGGCUUUGACAACUAAUCCUCGUUGUCCUCUGUCUCCUAGAAACUGCCGGAGGAGUUAAUGGUGCAAUGAGCCUGUUAAUUUAUGUUUUACCUGCAUCUUGCAUUGAAGAUAUUUUAUAGAUCUAGCAUUUUAUUUUUGACGUUUUAUGUUAUCACCUAUAUAUGCUCAGAGCAACAUUAAUAUAGUUAGAUCUAAAAAAAGGUAUGAAAAAACAGAAUUGACCCACGGCCCCACCAUCACACAAGUUCCAAACAUGAUCUGUUCGGUCCUUGCCUGAGUGUAUACACGAAGUUUGCGGCUGAAAUCAAAGUGAUUAUAAUCACAGGUCCUGCUUUCUCUCUAUUCUCUCUCUCUCUCUCUCCUUGAAAUUACAAGGUGUGUGUGUGUGUGUGUGUGUGUGUGUGUGUGUGUUUAAACGGUUUGUUCAAAUCAGGAUACAAACAAAAACUACACAUUUUAUUUCAUUUAUGUGUCUCUCAAGUUUCUUUUUUUUUAAUGUUUUUUAAUGCUUAACUGACUGAGCCACCCAGGCGCCCUUUUAAUCUGUGCAUUCCUCCCCCUCCUUUUUCCUUACAAUUUAUUACUUGAAUAAAAAUCUAGUCAUUCAUUCCUGUGGUUCAUGCCUACUGAGUAGAUGUGUCUGAAUGCAUCCCUAUGGUGUCGUUAACAAGUUCUCCAGUCCUCCGUAUUUUCUACAAAUUGUCAAUUAGAUACAGAGGUUCAUCAGAUUUCGACUUGUUUGUUUGUUGCAAGGCCACAUCAUGGGUGGUGAUGUGUAUUUCCAUCAGGAGGUGCAUGAUGUCUGGUUAGCUCUGUUUUCAUGGUACUAAGAUUGAUGAGUGGGCUUAGCUGAUGUCAUCCUGAUCCCUCCGUUAUAAUGUGGGCACCUUGUUAUUUUGAUGCUUUUCACCUUGCUGUCAUAAUUUAACAGUAUAUAUUAGAAGUCGUAGCAUGGGGUUCUGUAACACGUAAUAAUUUAUUUUCUUCUCUCCUCAGUGUCUGCCCCACAAUUGCCAGUUUGGGCAGGGGACACAUUUCAGAGUUUAUUUCCAGGGAGCUCUCUCCACCCCCUCAAUCCUAAUGACCAACCUAAGCUUUCUUGGUUCAAUUUUUAUUCUUAACUUUGCAUCGACUUUGAAAGUGUGUACUUACUUGUUGCUCUUGGUAAUGGUACUUCAACCCUGUGUUCACAGUUCCUAUCUGGUGCAGAUCUCUGCUCCUCCCUGUGUAUUUGGCAUUUCUUACUAAGGCUGCCUUCUUACUUUCGGAAGAUGUAAAGUACAAAUUACUGAGACAAUAAAUAUUCAAAUCACACAGGCCAUCUGCCCCUGAACAGAUGUCCACUGUAAGUCAAUGUCAAUCUCUGUUCCUUGGGGCCAGGGAGAGAGGUGAAGAAAAAUACAGGCCAAGCAGGGCUGAAAGAGCCCUCUCCACUGGGAAGAAAAGGGAGGCUGAUGAAGCAGUGGUUUCUACUUAGCUUCUAAUUCAUGCGCAGAAAAAGACUCUUUCCGGGAAAGUCAGUGAAGGAAGAAGCAAUGAUAACCCAAGAAUGUAGCGAUAUAAGGCCCGCAGAUGGUUUACCGUAAUAGAAUUGUUCCAUGGACCACAUGAGUGUUUUCUUUUCCCCUCAGUAUAUGUAGAGCAUGUAAUUUGCCCCGGUGCUGUGCUCAGUGUUUUGUUUUGUUUUGUUUUGUUUUUUGGUAUUACCUCUAAGUGGGGUACUGUCUUUCAUCUCCACUUUCCAAAUGGGAAGUCUGAGGUUCUGGAAGGUUAUGUAGCUGUCCCAGGUCACACAGCUAGUAAAAUUCCCACUGUGGGAGUGAGAUCUUGGGUAAGUCACCUAACCUCUUUGUGCCUCAGUUUCCUCAUCUACAAAAUGGGGAUGGUGGUAUUACCUGCUCCCCAGGUUACUGUGCAGAUCCUGUAUGAAGUAUUUGAGCUCUGAGGAAAUGUUAGUUAUUAUUCUGCUACCUCUUCUUGGUGUCCUAGUGAGAUCUUUAAUCCUUUCCCCAGAAAUCAAUGGGAUCUGUUCUUCAUACUUAUAAUAGUCCUAUUUUCUACAAGGCCUUCAUCCUCUUUUUCCCCUUUGCCUGUCCCCAUCUUAUUUCUAGGGGGUCUGUGCUGGUCCUUUUGAUAGGAAAGUUAGAUUGGCACAGGUCAGUGUCAGCAUGUGGAGAGAACUUACUCACCCCCAUUCAGAGUAUGCAAAAGUUUUAUUUUGCACUUAGCUAUCCAGCAUAGAGCAUGUGCUAUGUGCCAGGCUCCUAUUUUUGACCCGACAGAGAGGUGUCAGAGCGAUGAAGAAAGGGCAUAGGCUUGGCCCUUGCCUUUGCCGCUAUCAACUGAGUAGCCCUAGGUAAAUCAUGUUUCUUUUCUUGGUCUCAAAUUUCUCUCCUGUGCAGUAGGAGGACAAUGUUCAAGAUCCCCGUUGUUCUAGUUGUUAUGUAUACGGACAUGUGUGCUGGGUCAGAAUGCGAAUCACUGGGCAAGUCCAAAAUCGCCUGGGCACUGGUGUGGGUGAGCUGUGAGUGUUGGGGGCUGUGUCAUUCCUGUAGCAGGGGCGUUUCUGGACGGUUUUUCUGUUAUCAAUAAGAUUCCAGGGCAGAGAAAAGUCAGAGUUCUGAGAAACCACUGUGGAAAUGCCACAGUGAGGUCUUUGCAAAGCAUAGUGAGGGCUGGGGCCUCUGACUUUUUUCUCAUCCCCAGCAGCCUCCCACUGUGCGGUCUGGCCGCACCAUCUCCAGCCAUAUAAAAGGUGCAGUGGUUUUUAGUAUAUUCACAGAAUACGUGCUGCCAUCACCACAACCAAUUUCAGAAAGUUUCGAAGAGCUCUGUGUUGACAAGUGCACAGUCAUGUCCCUAUCACCACAGCGAGAUAGAGGACAGUCCCAUCAUCCCCCCAGAUGCCCCUGUGCCAUUCCUUUGUAGUCGGUCCUUCUCCCCACCUUGUAACCCCUUUGCCUUACCAUGUACAGCUCAUCAGUACGUACCUGUGAAGCCUGCUGGGAUUUGGUUGGCAUUUCGUUGAGUCUGUAGAUCAACGUGGGGAGAAUUGGCAUGUCAGUAAUGUUGCACCUUCCAGUCCAUGAACAUGUUAUACCUCUCCAUUUAUGUCACUCUGCUGAUCGCCUUCAUCUGCGUGAGGAGUUCUGUGUGGACCAGGUACAGUGCCUACAGCUACUUUGAAGUGGUCACCAUCUGCAACUUGAUAAUGAUCCUCGUCUUUUACCUGGUGCAUCUGUUCCGUCUCUACCGCGUGCUCACCUGCAUCAGCUGGCCCCUGUCGGAACUUCUGCACUAUUUAAUCGGUACCCUGCUCCUCCUAAUCGCCUCCAUUGUGGCAGCCUCCAAGAGUUACAGCCAGAGCGGACUGGUAGCUGGAGCGGUGAGGACGGUCUCGGGGGACACUUCACGAACGAGUUCACCUCUAAUCUUCGGUUUUGUGGCCACCUUCCUCUGCCUGGCGAGCAUAUGGCUGUCCUACAAGAUCUCGUGUGUGACCCAGUCAACAGAAUGCAUUCCUGGAGGUAACACUGCUGAGAGCUUGACCCAGGUAUUUUGAUUAAUCCGCCUUUUUCUUUAGCCCAGCCCUUCCCGUCUUCGUUCUUUUUCUUUCUCUUAAAAAAAUAACUAAAGGCAUAUCAGAGUGUGUACAGUACGUGGUCUGAGUUGUCCCGAAGAAACGUUUCCACC